AUGUCAGUUCCAACUCUUUAUUAUUUUGACGGCAGAGGUUUAGGUGAAACUCCAAGAUUAAUUCUUAAUUAUUUCGGUCAAGAGUUCAAAGAUGUUAGAAUUCAAGAAAGUACUGUACCUGCCGAUCUAAAGGCAAAGACACCAUAUGGUCAGUUACCAUGGUACGUCGAAGACGAUCAAUUCAGUGUUGCACAGAGUGUUGCCAUCAACCACUACCUUUCAUUGAAGUACAAGCUUCAAGGAAACAGUAUCAGAGAUCAAGCUAUCGUUUUGGAGCUUGUUCACGCUGCCAAUGAACUUCUCACUGGCUAUUGGUCACAAGAUACCGAUACCAAGAAAGAGAAAUACCAAAAAGUCACAGUACCAACCAUCUUGAAGAGAUUCAACCAUGUAUUGACUAACAACAAACAAUCAUCCAAUCAUUUCGUUGGUGAUGCUUUAACACUCGCCGAUUUCUCAAUCUUUAAUGUCAUUGACUAUCUUGUUUGGAACACUCAAAACACCCAUUUCACCGAUUUGCCAGCACUUUUACAAUUCCACAAAGAAUUCCAAACCAACACCAACAUUUCCAAUUACAUCAAGAAGAGAGUCGAUACAGAUUUUUAA